GGAGCGGUCCCCUCAGUCGCCUCUCACCCUCCGAGGAGGGCGCCACGAUGGAGCCGCGCCGCUUGUGGUGGGUGUAGUAUGGCCGCGGCGGCCGCCUGGCUCAUGGCGGGGCGCCCAGGGGGAGGCGGCUGCGAGCCGCUGGUGCUGCCGCUGCUCCUGGGCGUCCUCCUCCUCAGCCGGUGCCUGGGCGAGCAGCCCCCGAGGGGAGCCGCCUCAGCCUCUUCCUCCUCCUCGGCGUCCUCCUCCUCUUCCUCCGUCUCCUCCGCCUUGCCGGACUCUGAGGAGACUGUCAUCAUCGGCUUGCGGCUGGAGGACACGGACGACGUCUCCUUCAUGGAGAAAGGCGUGCUGCGUGUGAGCGAGCGGACCCGGGUCAAGCUGCGGGUCUACGGGCAGAACAUCAACAACGAGACCUGGUCGCGCAUCGCCUUCACGGAGCACGAGCGGCGGCGCGAGGGCGGGGAGGCCGCCGAGGAGGGCCGCGCGCCGGCCUCCUCUUCCUCCUCUUCCUCGCCUUCCUCUCCCUCCUCGCUGCAGCGCUGCGGCAUCCGCACCUCGGACAUCAUCAUCCGUCCCCACAUCGCGCUCAACCGCCGCACCUCCGGCGUCAUCGAGAUCGACAUCAAGCCCUUGCGCAAGACGGAGAAGAGCAAGUCCUACUACCUGUGCACCUCGGUCUCCUCCCCGGCGGCGGCCUCGGGCGGCCCGGGAGGCGUGGGCGUGGGCCCCGGGGUGAUCAGCCCUGAUGGCGGGCCCUGGACGGAGACGCUGUGGUUCUACCACGACGGCGAGGACACCAAGAUGAUCGUGGGCGAGGAGAAGAAGUUCCUCCUGCCCUUCUGGCUGCAGGUCAUCUUCAUCUCCCUCCUGCUCUGCCUCUCCGGGAUGUUCAGCGGGCUCAACCUGGGCCUCAUGGCCCUGGACCCCAUGGAGCUGCGCAUCGUCCAGAACUGCGGGACCGAGAAGGAGAAGAACUACGCCAAGCGCAUCGAGCCCGUCCGCCGCCAGGGCAACUACCUGCUCUGCUCGCUGCUCCUGGGCAACGUCCUGGUCAACACCACGCUCACCAUCCUCCUGGACGACAUCGCCGGCUCCGGAUUGGUCGCCGUCGUCGUCUCCACCAUUGGGAUUGUCAUCUUCGGCGAGAUCGUGCCGCAGGCCAUUUGCUCCCGGCACGGCCUAGCCGUGGGCGCCAACACCAUCUUCCUCACCAAGUUCUUCAUGAUGAUGACCUUCCCGGCCUCUUACCCGGUCAGCAAACUGUUAGACUGUGUCUUGGGACAGGAGAUCGGCACUGUCUACAACCGGGAGAAACUGCUGGAAAUGUUGAGGGUCACGGACCCGUACAAUGACCUGGUCAAGGAGGAGCUCAACAUUAUCCAAGGGGCACUGGAGUUGCGCACCAAGACGGUGGAGGACGUCAUGACUCCGCUUCGGGACUGCUUUAUGAUCACAGCAGAGGCCGUGCUGGAUUUCAACACCAUGUCCGAAAUUAUGGAGAGCGGCUACACCCGCAUCCCUGUCUUCGAAGGGGAUCGCUCCAACAUUGUGGACCUUCUUUUUGUCAAGGACUUGGCUUUUGUGGAUCCGGACGAUUGCACCCCGCUCAAAACCAUCACCCGUUUCUAUAACCACCCGCUGCACUUUGUCUUCAACGAUACCAAGCUGGACGCCAUGCUUGAGGAAUUCAAAAAAGGUAAAUCUCACUUGGCAAUAGUGCAGCGGGUGAACAAUGAAGGGGAAGGGGAUCCUUUUUAUGAAGUCUUGGGCAUUGUUACCCUGGAAGAUGUAAUUGAAGAGAUUAUCAAGUCUGAAAUUCUAGAUGAGACAGAUCUAUACACUGAUAACAAGACCAAAAAGAAAGUGGCUCAUCGAGAGAGAAAGCAGGACUUCUCUGCCUUUAAACAGACAGAUAGUGAAAUGAAGGUUAAAAUCUCACCACAGUUACUCUUGGCAAUGCACCGUUUCCUAGCAACAGAAGUUGAAGCAUUUGGCCCAUCACAGAUGUCUGAAAAGAUCCUCCUAAGGCUGCUAAAGCAUCCCAAUGUGAUUCAGGAAUUGAAAUAUGAUGAGAAGAAUAAGAAAGCCCCUGAAUACUACCUCUAUCAGCGAAACAAGCCUAUUGAUUACUUCAUUUUAAUUUUACAGGGGAAAGUAGAAGUGGAAGCAGGAAAAGAGGGAAUGAAGUUUGAAGCUGGUGCUUUCUCUUAUUAUGGAGUGAUGGCUCUCAUAGCAUCACCAGUUCCCUUAUCCCUGUCACGUACCUUUGUUGUCAGCAGAACAGAAUUGUUAGCAGCAGGUACUCCAGCUGAAAACAAAUCACCACCUCGCUCUUGUGGCUUGAAUCAUUCGGAUUCCCUUAACAGAGGGGAUCGCAUGGAUGCUGUGACACCAACGAUAGGGAAUAGCAACAACCAGUUGAACUCUUCAUUUGUUCAAGUGUAUGUUCCAGACUACUCAGUGAGAGCAAUCUCAGACAUCCAGUAUGUCAAGAUCUCAAGACAGCAAUACCAAAAUGCUCUAAUGGCAUCCCGGAUGGAUAAAACACCUCAAUCCUCGGACAGUGAAACCACUAAAAUAGAACUGACUCUUACAGAACUGCAUGAUGGUUUGCCAGAUGAGAUGGCGAACCUGCUGAAUGAACAGAACUGUGUGACUCACAACAAGUCCAACCACAGUAUGCACAGUGAAGGUGCCAUCUAGGACCAGACACCCAGCAUCUCAUUCUUCCUACGCCCCAGACCUCUGUUUAGCCAGACCAGUCUUCUUUUCUUCCUUAGGUCUUCUACUUAAUAUGUGCUUGCUAUGCCCUGCACCUCCAAUGCUCUGAGACCAAAGACUUCAUGCCCAUCCUGGAAGCUGGAAAAAGAAGCAGGAGAAAGUGGUAGCUCAGAGAACAGGAGAUGGCCCUGGACAAAAGAAGAAGAAACAAACACCUAGACAAAGCCUGGGGAGUAAGCCACCCUUCAGGAGUAAACGACAAAAUUAUUCCUAGUGGAGCAGAAUCAUGUUUAUUUUUCCAGUUAAGAGAGAUCAUGUUUUUAAAACUAAUAUAUUGUGGUUUUAAAUGUUUCAGAGCCUUUCCAGUUAAGCUUUAUUGUGUUGUUUGUGAACUUUCCCGUGUCUUAUCAGCCUCUCGCCAUUUUGUUUUCUCCCUUGUUGAAAUGGCAAAUUGGUACUAGAAUGUGUUUGUUUUGUAAAGAACAAAGAUUGGAUGAAACUUAAGGAACCUCUGGCCCCUCUCUAUUGGGAAAUUGGGGAGGGAAUUGUUCUCCUUCUGUGUAGGCCCUCUGUUCUGUGGGUUGUGCUUGCAAAACCAUUCCUGUUAAGAGGUUGUAUUUUAUAGUUCAGGAAUGUUUGGGGGAAAAAUUACCACGUGCCAAAUAGAGCCAAGUAUGGUGGUGUUCCCUUCUGUCUCAAAUGUGUUGAGUCAAUACCUAGACUUGUUCUUAUUGUUAGAGUUUGAUACACCAUAAUGAUUGAUCUGCCCUUUAAUUUGUGCAAAGACCAGGGCCGAAAUACUCUUGGGGAGUUACAAAUGUGUAACCUUAUUUAUGCACGUGUAACUGUUUGAUAUUUACGAUCUCUUUGUAUUCCCAUACGGACACCCAUCUCCAUUUACCAGGAAGUAGCUCCUGCAAUUUGCAGGGAUAUGUUCCCAUUGUUUAGGAAGCAGCUGACUUGACCUUAUGAGGGGUCCUCUCAUGCGAGUAUGAGGGGGAAUUGCAACAGGGACCCUGCCUUUCUCUUUCACAAUGGAAUUGCUCCCAGGAGAACUUGGGGAAUGUCUGUCAGAAGCUUCCUGAGCAACAAGGAACUGACCUCCAUUGAUCACAGCAGCUGCUUCUUGAUAAGUGGGGACUGAGGGCUUGGCCAGGAGUCACUGCAUAAUGACACAAAUGUGGUUGAUGCAUCCAUAACUCCACAAAAAGAUUCUGAUCCAGGAGAUAUACCUAGGGCAGCCCACCGAUCACUAAUCCCCACCCUCAUCCCCAACCCCAACCCAAAAAUGCUGCUAUGCUAGUAGCCAAAGUGAAUCCUCCCAGGAAAUGUUUUCUUGAGAGGUGCAUGUCAGUGGAUGCUGAACCACUCGUUUGCAAAAGUCUUUUGGUAUAAAAUUAGUGUGUUUUUGAUGGAUGUGGAGACAGGGGCAAAAAAAGGAAAAAAUAGUUUCAGAAAUGAUACAGAAUAUUUGUAACUUCUACGUUCCCUCUAAGUUUCAAUAGCAAUACAAGACAGCCACCUGGAACUGAAAAAUAGACUUGAAAUCCUAUCAGGAUUUCCCAGCUCCCAUAGCUCAGGAUGCUGUACAUUUUUUGGAGGGAUCUCUCUGAAUUAUGCAUUUCAGUAGUCUCACUGGAUGACCUUGUAAUUUUGAAUUGUCCCGUCUCAAUGCUUGUGAGAAAGCAUGAAUGAUAAUAAUGGUUAUUAAUAUCUGGAGAGAUGGGCAUGUUCCACACAACAGUCACUCUGCUGAUGUCCAGACUGAUUUCCUAUGGAUUCUGAUUCCUGUUGUCACCCUAAUUUUCCCAUUGUUUUUCUUUGCACUUUGACAGAAUCUUGGUAAUCAUGCCUCAGAUGUUUCUACUUGUGCAGAAAGGAGUUUUGCAUAGGUUGAAAGGAAGUCGCCCGUGCAAGUACUUUUAGGAAAAGCGUAUACUGUCUACCACCACAACACCUGCUGUUUGUUUCUACAUAAAUAUUAUUCCUUCACGUUUUAGCAGUGACUAUUUCUUCCCAGUUCACAAUAUAAAAAACAAAUAGUUGCUUUCUUUCGGUCCCUUUGUAAGAAGAGAUGGCAAGUUGCUAUUUCCUGGGAUGCUCAUCUGUCUUUUCACAAAUAUUUAAUGAAACGGCAUUUUGGAAUGCACCCACACUGUAGAAUUAAUGCAGUUUGACACUGUAAAUGCCAUGGCUCAAAACCAUGGAAUCCUGGGAGUUGUAGUUUUCCAAGGUCUUUAGCCUUUUCUGCCAAAUAGUGCCAGUGCUUUACUAAACUACAAUCCUAGGAUUCCAUAGUAUUGGUCAAUGGUAAUUAAAGUGCUGUCAAACUGCAUUAAUUUUAGAUUGUAGAUGCACCCUUAGGUUGUUGCUAAGGCAAUCAAUAUGAUUGGGAAAUGCUGACGCUUUAACUGUUUUAUAAGGGAGAGUUAAAUUUUUUCCAUUUUAUCUUGCUUCAUCUGUGCUUUUGGCAACAUUUUAGGACUAUUUGAAGUACUUAAAAUCCAGUGCAGAAGAGUAUCCAAAACUUAGAACAGUCAGUCUUACAAUGGUGCCCUUGGGAAUGGUGAACUGUUGAAAAUGAUGUCUUCAUUAUGCUGGUACAGUAUAACCCAGGAGGGGAAGAUGCGCACCUUAACCUCUUUGCAGAUAUUCCCCUGCACUCUUACACACACUUGUUCUUAGGUAAAGAAAUGCUCGGAAAGGUCAAUCACUGUUAGAGCCUUCCAGGAAUAGACGGCUAUUGUGAAACAACUCUCAAAACAGCAUCCCCUCCCCCACCCAAAAAAACCACCCAUGAAUAUCCCAGAAAGUGCAUGUAGAAAUCACUUGAUUUAAAAUCAAAACAGGGUGGUGUAGAAACAAAAAUGAGUCCUUGUUGCAGUUACCCACUUUUGUAAUAGCUAGAAAGCAAGAAAAACAUUGUUGAGCAAGGGUUAACUAAUUUUAUUCCAAUACUUCAUGCAUCUCUGUUGUAAAAAUACUGUAUUAUCCAUAACACACACUGAAUUCUACCAAGCAUUGGUGCACAAAAACAUUUCCUGACCUAACAUAAGUAGCUUUUGUAGGGCUUUCCUUAAGGUUUUGAAUUCUUAUCACUACCAUGUAACUGCUAUCAUUAAGGUCUAGAAAAAAACAAAAUCGGGAGGUCAAUGGCCCUGGGAUUUGGAGGCAUAUCUUCCCAAUUUUUCUGUGGUACAGAAUAUGUAAUACUUGAAUAAGGUCACCAGCCAAAGCCAAGUUAUGGGAGAUUGUUCUCAAUUCAAAUAAUGGACAGCAUUGUGAAACUCGUCUCCUUGAUGUUGCUUGAUGUCUCCGUCUUCACAGCAGUUGUCCUCUUCUUUCUGGUGAGAGAUCUCUCUGCUCCAUUGUGCUCUAAACUUGAAUGGACAUAUAUCUGUAUAUGUGCAUUCAAAUGUAAUACAGAAAAUUCACGCACAUCAGGCAAUAUGAAUUUAGCUAAUACCCCUAGGAAUAUCAUUCAAAUAAUUUCAAAAUGUGGUUCCCAUGUUAUCUACUAAUUAUUGCUGCUAUUUCAAAAAUAAAAAAAUAAAAAAUGGAAUAUCUAGAGGAUAAAAAUGGAUGAUUUGCAUCAUAGAGAGGGAAAGAUCUCUUAAUGCCCAAAUGUCAUCAUCAUCACAGAGAUCACAGAUCUCUUAAUGCCCAAAUGUCACAAAGCUGCAGCAUGCAAAGUGAUCCACCAGAUUAUUUUGUUAUUACUCUCUAGACACUUUUAGUCCACCACUUUUUUUUUCUUUUUUAAGUGCAGUCAGUCAUUUGUUAGCAAGUUGUGGCCGUUCAACAUUUAUUUUAUAUGCUGGGUGUGGAUAGUUUUUACCACAGAAGUCAUUUUUAAACGAAAACUUUUUCAUAUUUCAAACACCUAUCUUUGAAGAAAUUUUCCAGUGUUUGGUGUAAAUGCCUUUGAACUGAAUGUGUUAUGUUGGGCAAAUGUGUUGCAUUUGCAUGUUUUGAAAAGUAAUUUUCUAUCUAGUCCCGUCCCGUCCCCCCAGAUCAGGAGUUGAGAACUUACAGGUUGCUUCUGGUGUGAGAGAAUUGCCCUUCUGCAAGGAUAUUGCCCAGGGGAUGCCUGGAUGUUUGAUGUUUUACCAUCCUGUGGAAGGCUUCUUUCAUGUGCCCACAUGGGGAACUGGAGCUAACAGAGGGAGCUCAGCCUGCUCUCCCCAGAUUCAAACCUCUUAUCUGUCGGUCAUCAGUCCUGCUGGCACAUGGGUUUAACUCACUGCGCCAUCGCAAUGUAUCUAGUGGUACAGAAUUAGAUUUUAUUCAUGAAUGUACGUAUCAGCCUUCUUUUUCUCAAUCCUACCCUUUUUCGUGCACCUUGGGACCCAGUUCUUGGAGAAAUAUGGACUAUGUCAGCUAGUAAAAGGGGAAAGCGUCUGAUCUUUUCCCAUGAAUGAAAAGGAUAUUGUUCUUUCUCAUCCACACAUUCAAUGUGCCUAGCUUAGCACUGGGGGGAGCUCUGAUAUUUUGACAGUUCUGCAGCCUGAAAAAGUUCACUAGGCUUGUGACAAUUAAAUACACUGACCCUUGUUGGCCCAGAAACUAGCAGUUGGAAAUGGGAGACUAUGAGGCAAUUCAGAGACGCACUGUCAAUGAGUCUGACUGAAUAUCAAAAUAGCACAAGUAAUUUUGCUCAGCCUUGCUGCUUCAUAUGAUCUUUUUAAAGGAAGCGUGCAGCCUUUUCUGUCAUUGUCCAGAAGAAGCCAUUGAGCUAGGACUGAGUCCUAAUUCUUAUACAAUAACAGCAUGAAAGCUUCUUUGAAAUUUCAUUUAUAGUUCCUUCAGCAUGUGGUUUUGUUUGUUUAACCAUUGUCAUCAUUUUAUCUUCAUGCUGCUCUUAAAAUGUUUCUGCCGUUUUGUGGCAAGCCACUGAACAUGAGCAGCAACCUGGUAGUUUUAAUGUACCUCCAAAUACCCUAAAGGUGUCAGAUCCCAUAGGAGCCCCUGGUAGUGCAGUGGGUUAAACCCUUGUGCUGGCAGGACUGAAGACCAACAGAUCGCAGGCUCGAAUCUGGGAAGAGCGUGGAUGAGCUCCCUCUGUCAGCUCUAGCUCCCCAUGCGGGGAUAUGAGAGAAGCCUUCCACAAGGAUGGUAAAAUAUCAAAACAUCUGAGCGCCUUCUGGGAAGAUGGCCAAUUCUCUCACACCAGAAGCAACUUGCAGUUUUUCAAGUCGCUCCUGACACGAAAAAAAAAAUCAGAUCCCAGCUGAUCUUGGGAAUUAUGCAGGCUCAGCUGUGGUUAGUACUUGGAUGGGAGACUGCCAACAAUUUCCAGGCUCUGUUUGAAAUGAAAAAUCACAUUUCAAUAUUCCUUGCCUAAGAAAACCCUAUAAAAUACAUAGGGUCACUGUGAAGGCUCGUAGAAGCAUAUUACAUAGUGGCUGUUAUGGGAAGGAGACCAAAGAUGAGUAGAGGUAUAACUUGUAUGGUUAUUUGCUAUGCUAAACAGAUAUUACCUUGUGUGUACUUAGCAUUAUGUCAUUUGGUUGUUUCCCAAGUACAGGUCAAACAAAAGCACUAAAAAUUAGACAAACUCCUCAGUGUUGGUGAUAUUGAUCCUGCUUCCUUAUUGCAUUGAUACAAUUGGUGGCAAUGUUUAGUAUCAGACAUGCCUUGAGUAACCAGGAAAGGAUAGAAAUAGUAGACACUUAAGUUAUUUUGAUUAUAGCUGCUUUACUUUGUUUGCUAUAGUAUUCUGUCCAGUUGGUGGGAUUUUCACAGGGAAGUGUGAAAUAAUUUCUGGACCAUUUGUGCUUUGGACUGUAUAGUAUUGAGAGAAGGAACUUCAGGUAAUUUUAAGAGUGUUUGAUCCUUAGGGGAAAAGUGUGAACUGGUGUAAUCAUCCUCACCUGUUGAAUGUAGAGCAUCAGAAAAAAGCCUGUUUUUGCAAUGAUUUGUAUUUUGUGUUGUUAAGGCUUUCAUGGCCAGAAUCACUGGGUUGCUGUGAAUUUUCCAGGCUGCAUGGCCAUGUUCCAGAAGCCCUUCUCUCCUGACGUUUCGCCCACAUCUAUGGCAGGCGCACUCAGAGGUUGUGAGGUCACAGCAACCCAGAUUUAUAAUUUGCCUAUUUGAUUCCUGAUUCUGUUCCUCUCAGGUGAUUUUCAAUCCAAAAGAGACCCAAAUAUGUGUGAAUUGCCUGCAAACACAAUGGUUUACCCCCUUUUCCCCUACAUCCCACCAAAACUGGCACAAGGUGACCAAAAUGGGAAGCAGAAAUUGUAUGACACCAUUUUCAGUGUACAGGCAAGCCAGUGCGUCUCACUAUGCAGGCAAAGAACCACCCUUCUGUCCCUUUGCAGUUGCCACCCUGCUCUGUACAGCAAGAAGUCUUCGAAUUUCCAAAACAUGGCAUCCUACUGGGAUGUUUAACAACUGGUAGAAUGUAAUUGGAUUCUGGUGCAGUGGACCCUCCCCACCCCCAUCACUGAGCUUUAUUUCUUCAUUUAGCAUGUCUACCAUGAUGCUUUGUGUUAUUUAUUAUUUGUUGCAUUUGUAUGCCACCUUUCUGCCAGAGUGGGGCCCAGGGUCUUCCUGAUCUAGUCUCCGUAUUUCCUUUUCCUGAGCAGCCGUAUUGGGGAGUCGUAAAAUAUCAAAGGAAAGAAAGAACAUGCAAGCAUGCUGGUUUAAGUUAAUUGCUUGGCUAUAAUUUGGUGCAAAUGCCUCCAAAGUGGGCUCCCAACCACAUGUAAUUUCCAUCAAUUGAGGUGUGACUCAAUUAUGUGAAUUACAUGCAUAUGUUAGUUCACAAUGGGCCUGGUAUUGGAUCCUCUCCAGAAGACUGGCUCUGUCCCCUUUUCAAGUUGAUCAUGUCAGAUAAUCUGAUUCUUUGUCACUUAAGUUUUACCAAUUUACUUGUUUUAUCUUCUCAGUGCUGGCUGCUGGAAUGUUUUUCCCACGAAAGUGCCUGUCUCCAGCUGCCAUGCCAAUGCUGCUAACACCAAUGGGUUGCCUUUUGGCAAAAUGUUUGAAAUGCAGACAAUCUUCUGGUGGGUUUUUGAAUCAAUUAAGCAACGAGUUAACCUUGAUGAUAAUGUAAAAAGAAUGUAGGAUUGCAAUUCAUUCUUUGUAAUUGCUAGAGGAGUGGAGAAAUAUUGAUCCCUCUUGAAAUGUUGCCUUCUCUCUCAAUUUUUCUUCCACAUGCAGUUAUGAUGGGAAUUCACUUGAUUCUAUCCUGUGUCCUGUCACUCUCUCAUUUCUCCUCUUGAAUACGCAUAAACAAACACACAAGCAAAUGCAGAAUUAUAAUCAGAGAAUUACUGCCAAAUUAUUCAAUUAUAAAGCCAAUGUUUAGUGUUGAACUGGAUGUUAUGCACAGAUGCAUGUAACAUUUGACUAUUUCUCUUCUCUUUAAAAUGAAAAGUAACCUUGAAGACUAGGAUGGUGGAAAUACUUAAUUCUUCUCUGUUCUCUCUGCAACACACACACAUGGAUUUUUAAUUCCCUGUGUAUUUCUCCUCAUAGCUGGAUUUGCCAAAAUGCAGCCUCUCUUUUCAUCACAGUUCUUUAUGCACAAGAGUUAAGAACCACCUUCUCACCAUUUUAUUCUCCACUACAGCCUUAAGAGAAGUGGUUGCUCAUCCAGGUGUUUUAGGCUUCAACUUGCAGGUUAUCUGACUACUGGCCAUGUUGGCCUGAGCUUCUAGGAGAUGAAGUCCAAAAACAUCUGGAUGACCAAAAGCAGACAGUCACUACUUUUGCGGCUGUGACAGUUAAAACUGAGGAGAGCUUGGCAUGAAUAUGUAAUGCCUAGUGUACUCACUGGAAGAGGAAGGAGUCAAAAAGCCUGUCGGCAGAGCACAGUUCUUGACAAGGCAGAACUCCCUCCUUGGGCAGGUAACACCAUUCCAUCCUUCCUAGCUACUGAUCAACUCUAUGGGUGCUCCGGGUGCUUUCUAGUUGUCCUUGCACACUAUAAGAAGGAACAUAACCUCUGCCCUCAGCAUCUUUCCCGAUGUGCACGAGGCAGUCAGGGGGGCAGAACUGCGUUUCCCAAUGUGAGGAGUGUUGUGCAAGAAGGUAGAAGACACCUUCUUUCACAGUGUCUCAAAAGCUUCUGCUGUGUAGCAAUCUGAGCCCACACAUCUCAUUGGUACAGAGGUGAACUGGCUCUGAAACACUUUUGUGCAGGGACACAAAAGUUUCUGUUUAUCUGGGAUUAAGUGACCUCUCCUGCCUCUUGUUUUUAACUGGCCAUUUGUUAAGUGAGUGCAAAUUUGGGGCUGCUAUGCUUUUCUUAAGACAUUUUAUUUGCUUUGAUGAUGUGAGGAACGCUGAUUCUACCGCUACAGUUCUAUUCCCUUACUCGUUUUCCAUUAAAGUUAAUUAAAUAUGGCAUUAUCAGGAAUUUGCCCUCUGAUUGUAACUCACAAAUUGGAGGGAACAAGCAGACAGCCAUGACGGAUCUAAUAAUUCCUUAAAAGCACCCUGCAAAGAGAUUGUUUGUUAGAAUUUCACAACAUAUGGGAAGGUAUUAUAAUGUAUGGUUCCAAAACUAAAAAUUCCCAUUUCCAAGAACAAUUUCUUCUCAGGGGCAGCGUGUACAUUAAGCCAUCAUGCAAUAGACCAAGACGUUUUGUUGAACCUUAUUUUGUCCCAUGUGAAAACAGUCAUUCCUUGGCAGUUUCCUAUUUUUCUUUCAAAACCCUUGCACUGUGUAGAUUUUCAGGAGUUAUGCCAUUGCCUUUAUGCCUGUGCAAUUUAUUUCCAUUUACCGCUGCAUUCCAAAACCUCUAUACUUUCCCAUCUUGUGGGACAGUUGCUAAAUUGUAUCAUAUUGUAAAUUAUUCAAUUUCUUCCAGAAUUGUAACAUUCUGCUGACAGUAUUCCAUAUUGCCUAUGUAUAAAGUCUGAAAAAGCACAAAUGAAAUGUAUAUGUUUCAUAAAAUGGAUUACUUAGUGGUGUUGCAGAUUUCCAACUUCUAUUUAUUUUGAACCUGAUUUAUCUGUAUAUUUUUGCGAUUUUAUUGAAAAAGUGUAUUUCUAUUAGAUAAAUGAUUUUUCCCUGUU